AUGAAUAUAACUUCGGAAGUAAUUGAAGCCAAGAAUCAGAAACGAAGACCAGAACGCUCAAAAGGUACUGGGAAGAAGGUGAAGGAAACUAUAAUUCCUCCCAAGCGGCCUGUGGGCCGACCUCGCAAGGAUGGACUUCCUUCGGGUUCAGCGACCGUCCGGCCCCAACGGUUCAUAUCGCACCCUGUAAAAGAUGAUGACUGGGGAGAAUUUUCACAGAACGAACCGGAUAUAUUUCUGUCUUCACUCGUUGUCGCGCUUUCCGCGCUGUCCUCUCCUACACCAUCCGGUCCAAGCGCUGAAGAAACCUUCAGGUCACAUCUCAACUCGCUUGCUCCAAGGUUGAAACACAAUCGGCAAUUACCAGCGCUGUACUCUACUUGGAAAACUUUCUGGCUCCCCACUUCCCCCGCGUACUUCUCACUGACAGCUUCAACAUCAGCAAGGGUAUUGUCUGACCAUCGUUUCUUCUACUGGGAUUCUCAUUUACUUGUGCUUGAGGGGAUCUUAUGUCCAUCGUGCUCCUCCCCGUUGCACAAUGAAGGUCGAAUCAAACAAGGUCCUCUGAAAAUCUAUGACGUCGAGCGGCCUUUCUUCAUUAUUGGUGCGGAGUACAUUUGUCAAAAAGAAGGAAGACGUUUCGCUUCUACUGAUCCCUCUAUCCUUCGUGCACUCCCGGGAAAGCUCAGAGACGAGCUUCCUGUCAGACUCGUGCAUGUUCACAAAGAUGUAGGAUGUGAUGAGAAUGUUUGGUGCUGGAAGCCUGCAGGUGUCAGCAAAACCCUGUGGAAUCUAGUAUCAGGAUGUCUGAAGAGUGGAUUACAGAAGGAUACAAUUGUUGAACUCAUCAAGGCUGUUCAA